GUUCAAAAUUAUUUUCUGGGCUCAUGAAUAAUUUAAGAGUCAGCCAUUGCUUCUUCUACCCCCUAACUGAAUGUCAUAUUUUUCUGUAUUCUACUAAAAGUCAUUAUAAUCUGCAAUACUUCUGACAAGCAAGAAAUUGUUUCUAUUGUAGGUUUUGCAAAGCCUUUCUUGUGCAGUGUAUGACUAGGGGGCACAAAGUCCUGGGCUCUGUUAUUGCAGACUAAAGUGCAUUUAUGUGUGUUGAGCUCACAAUGGCUAUCAGUGUCCAGCUUUGUGCAAGCCUCCCACGCUCUCCACUGAAAGGUAACUAGCUGUACACACACACACAAUUUUACUAGGAUGCUCAAUUGAACUUUGCCAGUUCAGAUUAAAUGAAGCAGAAGCCACUUUGACUGCUACAGGAAUCCCCUGUCAGCCGGCGGAGCUUAUUAGAGCGAUGGAGAAAGACAUCCAUCACUAAAAAUGUUUAACUCGGCCUCCAUUGCCCUGGAAAAUGAUUGUGUGUGCAUGAACAUAGCGUAGGUGUGUGCGUGAGUUAGUACACUUACAUGUGUUAACAUUAUUGGUAAAUGCAAAAGAAAAGGCUUGCAAAAUGGACAUUAUUGCAGAAAGGCAUUUUUUUAUUGCCUGAAUAAAAUAUUGUUAUACCUAAACCCCCUCUGUUGAGGCUACACGGUCCACAUGCUUGCCUUGUAGCGAACAAUGGAGAGGGGCCACUCUCCUGAAAUCCGAUGAGCGUGGAAAAAGAAAAGGGAGCAACAAAAAAAAACCCAGCCAAGCAUCUCGGCCUGACAAUGCUCCUCGUAAACAGUACCAUCACAGGUGUGAGGACGGCACGUAUGAGUCAAGCUGCAGAUGCGUGAGGGAUUCUGGGCCCAAAAGGAUAAGCAUCUUGCCCUGUUUUGCUCCAUCAAGGAAAGACGAACAUUGGUUAUCUGCUUCAGGAAAAGGGACCAAAGCCCUGGAUUAAUGUGAAUACAGGCUCGACAAGGGAGCAAAGGAUUCUGGGUUACCUGAAGACCUGGAGUACACGAGUGAACAGGCCCAUAUUGAGCCUGUGGCACAGGGGAUUGGCAUGGCUCAGACCAGCUUUGUGUCAACUCAUCAUGCCCGUCAGGCUUGAUUGCAGAAAAGAGCCUUCGUCCUACACACGGAACACUAUACAACACCCAAAAAAUCUAACUUCCAGUUAUGGCUGUUGAACUUAACAGCUAUUAGGAUUUGUAAUAUCACCUGCGAUUGCAUGUUUUGUCAGUCAGAGGAGGGGAUGCUUUUUUCUACAAGCUUAUCUGCCAUGGUGAAGGAAUUGAAAGCAUGAGCCUCUGACUACACAGAGGAGGUCCUCGUCCAAACAAGGAUCAGCUCAGCAAACACUGACCAGGUCAGGAUAUCACCAGAAACCCUUCGGACAAACUUUUCCUUUUCAGAGAGGAUAAGAACAAAUUCAAGCGCAAAUCUGAUUGGAUUGAUGGUGGCUGGAGCGGAUUCACCACGUCGUAUAAAUCAGGGGCUCCUGAGUGAUUAGACUGCCAGGCAACACAGCAUCAAGAUGGUGCGUCAAUGCAAGGCCUUUAUCCUCUUCCUCAUCAGGGUUGGGCUGCUGCUGGGUCUUGCUAACCCCCUGGUGACCUCCGCCUCGUGUCCCUCAGCCUGCCGCUGCGAUGGGACCUUCAUCUACUGUAAUGACCGUGGUCUGACUUCCAUUCCUACUGGUCUUCCCCAGGAUGCUACAGUGCUCUUUCUGCAAAACAAUCGCAUCAGGAGUUCAGGCAUUCCUGCAGAGCUCCGCAGGUUGUCAAAUGUGGAGAAGAUCUACCUAUACUGUAACAAUCUGGAUGAGUUCCCCACCAACCUUCCUAUUGGGCUAAAGGAGCUCCACCUUCAGGAGAACAACGUGCGGAUGAUUACCCAUUCCUCUUUAGCUCAAAUUCCCUACAUUGAGGAACUUCACCUGGAUGAUAACUCGGUAUCUGCAGUCAGCAUAGAGGAGGGGGCCUUUAGGGACAGCAACCACCUCAGACUGCUGUUUCUCUCCAGAAACCACCUAAGUACGAUCCCUUCAGGCCUACCCAUGAGCAUUGAGGAGCUGCGCUUUGAUGACAACCGCAUCUCCUCCAUUACAGAGCAGUCGCUGCAAGAUCUCAUCAACCUGAAGCGACUAAUCCUGGAUGGUAACCUGCUCAACAACCGUGGGAUUGGAGAGAUGGCUCUCAUAAACCUGAUCAACCUGACUGAGCUCUCGCUAAUGAGGAACUCCUUGACAUCACCGCCAGCCAACUUACCAGGCAACAGUUUGGAGAAGCUACAGCUACAAGAUAAUCACAUUAAUCGGGUCCCGUCUGAGGCUUUUGCCUUUCUUAGGCAGCUGUAUCGCCUGGACCUGUCUGGCAACAACCUGAGCAGUCUCCCACAGGGUGUAUUUGAAGAUCUGGACAAUCUUACACAGCUCCUGCUGCGCAACAACCCAUGGCAAUGCACUUGCAGAAUGAAAUGGGUGCGUGACUGGCUACGGUCGUUGCCGUCUAAGGUGAAUGUACGUGGAUUCAUGUGCCAGGGUCCUGAUAAGGUGAGAGGCAUGGCAAUUAAAGACCUAACUACAGACAUGUUUGACUGCACGGAUUCAGACCUCAUCUCCACGUAUGAGACGAGCACAGUAUCCAACACGUUGCGCCCCACACAGCCUCAGUGGCCCUUGUUUGUGACUAAAAGGCCUGUUGUAAAAGGGCCUGACUUUGGUAAGAAAUACCACAGCACGACCACCUCUUCGGGCAGAAAGGUCAUCACUAUCAGUGUGAAGUCAAGUAGUGCAGAUGCUAUACACAUAUCGUGGAGGGUGUCGCAGCCCAUGACUGCCCUACGGCUCAGCUGGCUGAAGCUGGGACACAGCCCUGCCUUUGGCUCCAUCACUGAGACCAUUGUGCAGGGGGAGAGGAAGGAGUACCUACUCACCGCAUUGGAGCCAGAGUCUUCUUACAGGAUAUGCAUGGUUCCCAUGGAGACCAGCAACAUUUACCUGUCAGAUGAGACCCCUGUUUGCAUCGAGACAAAGACUGGUUCUCACAAAUCGUACAACCCGACUACAACUUUAAACAGAGAGCAGGAAAAGGAGCCUUACAAAAAUUCCAGUCUGCCUUUGGCUGCUAUCAUUGGAGGAGCUGUAGCUCUUUUGGCAAUAAUCAUGUUGGCACUGGUGUGUUGGUACAUCCACAGGAACGGCUCACUUUUUUCCCGAAACUGCACCUACGACAAAGGCCGUCGGAGAAAGGAUGACUAUGCUGAGGCUGGCACGAAGAAGGACACCUCCAUCCUCGAAAUACGAGAGACUUCUUUUCAAAUGAUACCUAUAAAUCACCUGCCUGUGACCAAGGAGGAAUUUGUGAUACACACAAUUUUCCCACCUAAUGGCCUGACUUUAUAUAAAAGCCCACAUAACGAGAACAAUAUUAGCAACAGGAGCUACAGGGACAGUGGAAUACCAGAUUCAGACCAUUCCCAUUCAUGAUAUUGCGCAUGGUCAUUCGUGAUGAGUGCGUGACAUAAACAGAGUGGCAAGACUUUUACAAAACACUGGAUCUAUAAGACUAAGGAAGCAAUGUUCUGUACAUUUGCCAUAUAAUUUAUAUUUAAGGACAUUUUAUGAGGACGAAGAACGUUCCAGUUGCAGGAAAUCACUGAACACUCCGUGGGUAUUGUAACUAACUGCAAUUCUAUAUUUUAGGAAUUUGUAGUAAUUUGUACUGUAUUUCCUUUGCUUAAGGUUAUCGACCAACUAAAAGAAACUCUGUGUUCUACUGAGAUAUGAUGACUUGUCAACUGUGAAAGUGGGUUUUCAUUGCUGUGUUGAACAAUCAGACCUUAGAAAACCAUGUAGUAUAAGCACAGGUCAUUCUUUUAACUUUGUGGCUUUCUGAAAAACAAAAAGGCAAAAAAAUGACAUGAAGUAAACCAAGGCACAGCUGAUGGACUAAUUCGCAAAGCAGGCAUGUUGCCCUCAAAAAGAAUGAGGAGUCUGUAGGAGUCAGUAGCUCCAUAUAAUGUGGAUGAAGAGUCUUACUCUCAUAUAUUCACCUGGUUGGAGUCCGAGGUGCCAUCCUUUAUUUCACUGCUUUGUUCGUUGUGUGAUUUUUCUUUCUGUUUUGCAAGAAGAGGAAACACAACAAAGCAACCGAAGCAGGGUUCCAGUGUUUCUGAUAGGAUUGUAGACCACAGCACAGGGCAGAUAAAGCACACCGACCUUAAGGAGCUCUCUGCUCCUCAAAACAAGUAGACUGGACCGGCUGACACAAAGGACCCCCCACUAUCUCUAUUUGUACAAGCCAACAACGGCCAAACGACAAUGGCGGCAUUCUUUAGUACCAUGUACCAUACGUCAUUCUAGUCACCAGGCCGAAAAGACAAAACACGAUAGCUUACAUUAGAAUUACCACAGUGUCAGCAACUCCUUGUUAUGAAUAUUAUUUUGUAUUAUUUUCCAAAUGAACACACUGUUAAGUUUCCACAAUUUGAAUUUAAAUGUUCUUAACAAUUGAAAACCAAAGUGCAUUGUAUGCCCUUUGGCCAGUCUUGUAUGUGCCUUGAUCCAAUGCUUAUUGUAUUUAGCUUUUUAAGAAACCAGUGACUUUUUUUCAUACACACUGAAUAUGAAAAAUAUUGGUCAUAUUACAGAAUAAAAGUGGACAAAAAUAACUUUGUUCUUCUUACCUUGAGUACAACAAACCCCACUCAAAAUUAGGGAUGGUAUCGUUUGGCUUUUUUCCGAUACCGGUGCUAAACCGGUACUUUUAAAACGAUACCGGUGCCUAAACGGUGCCUGAACCGAUAUUUUUUUUUUUUACGCACAAUGAGGACAUUAAAAACCUCUUCGGCCAUAUUCCCUGUAGAAGCCGUUAUCAUGGAGCACCGACACACAACGGAUAUCAGACUGUUAACAUACACAAUAUAUGUUCUCCAUUAUAUGAUGUGAUAUGUAUCGUCAUGUGCAGACUUUAUAGGGUUAAUCCUGUCACUGUUGAUGGGCAAAGAGAACAACCAAUCAGAGGGACUGAAGAUGACACGUGACAAAUAAAGUUUUGCUUCUGACAGCGAGUUACACUGAAACAAA